CAGAAGAAAGUGCGUUGACCUUUCAUAUUCUGUAUCUGCGGGUACGUGAAGUAGAAGAAUCAAAUUAUCUGUCGCCGUAUUGCCUUGAUUAAGCACGGAAUCGUUAUCUUAUCUACAGUAACUGAUACGAUUGAAGAUCUACAUCAUUUGGCUGAAUUAAAGAUCUACACCGAUUGGCUGAAUUAAAGAUCUACACUGAUUGGCUGAAUUAAAGAUCUACACCGAUUGGCUGAAUUAAAGAUCUACACUGAUUGGCUGAAUUAAAGAUCUACAUCGAUUGGCAGAAUUAUAGAUCUGCACCGAUUGGCUGAAUUAAAGAUCUACACCGAUUGGCUGAAUUAAAGAUCUACACCGAUUGGCUGAUCUGUGCCCAUGAUGGAGGAACCAUCUUCGAUAUCGGACACUGUAAUCGAGCAAGGAGUUGUGGCAGAAUCUCCUAAAGAGACCACGGCGACGUGCAGUUCAGACGAAACACCAAGCACGGACAAUUCCAUAGGAAACGAUAUAACUGUCAUGGCAGAUUCCUCGCCGGUUGAGAAGUUGGAGGAUGUUCAGACAGUGGAACAGCAAUCAGAAGAAGAGAAAGGGCCAGAGCAGGGGGAGGGUGUGAAAUUGAAGGAUCAGCCAAUGGACAUGAGUGAAGUACAGGACGCAGGAGCAGGUGCAGCCUGCAGUGCGAUGGACACUGAAACCGGGGAAGUGAGAGGAGCAGAGGGAGGCAUUCCAGAAGAAAGCACAGGUGCUGCUGUAGCCGUGAUGUCCGAUGCAGUUGCGUCGGGUUCCGCCACCGCCAGCCCUCGUUCUGCGGCACAACCGGUCCAAGCUUACCAUGUCAAGUGGGUCUCGUGGCGCAACCAGAACACGCCGAUCAUCACGCAGAACGAGAAUGGCCCGUGCCCUCUAAUCGCGAUCGUGAAUGUCAUGUUGCUACGAGAAACCAUUCAGAUACCACAGAUGGUGGAGAUGGUGUCGGCCAGUCAGCUCUUUGAAUAUCUCGGAGACCAUCUGCUUUCAAGAAUGCCAAAGGAUGCAUCGGAUGACAUUCAGAAGAAUUACGAGCAGAAUAUGCAUGAUGCCAUGGAAAUCAUGUCACGUCUUCAGACUGGGCUAGAUGUUAAUGUUAAAUUCACAGGGGUGAAAGAUUUUGAGUACACACAGGAGUGCGUGGUCUUUGAUCUACUAAAUAUCGCCCUCUACCAUGGCUGGCUCUACGACCCCCAGAACCUCGAGGUGGUCUCCGCUGUAGGGACAUGCAGCUACAACCAGCUGGUGGAGCGCAUCAUCGCUACCAAGUCAUCAGCAAAUGACGAAGACGUGAGAAAAGGUCUUCUCGCAGAGCAGUUUCUUGCCAGCAACGCUUCUCAGCUUACAUACCACGGACUGUGUGAACUGAACUCGACUAUAAAAGAAGAAGAGCUGUGUGUAUUCUUCAGAAAUAACCACUUCAGCACGCUCUAUAAACACAAUAAUGAACUUUAUGUGUUAGUGACAGACCAGGGCUUCUUGACCGAAAGCAAUGUCGUUUGGGAGACACUGUCUAACGUAGAGGGCGAUAGCUACUUUGUUGAUGGCACUUUCCGACGGAGAGCGGUUACGUCUGGACCCCUGAACCCACCCCCUCCUAUGAGUACAUCUCAACAAAUAGACACAGACCUACUUUUAGCAUUGUCACUGCAAGACACCAAUCCUCAAGGGGAGGGUGCGUCAAACAAUCAACAGCCCAAAACAGGGGAAACCCCUCCAGCAGAUGUGAAGCUACCCAAGGACAUGUUAACAGACCACCAAUUAGCAAUGCAGCUGCAACAGGAGGAAGAUUACAGAAUAGCACAACAGAUCAGCCAAAAUGAGCAGGAACAGCAACAACAAGGACAACAGCAGCAACCUCGCCGUAGCCCUUCAGGUCAGGUCGCUGCUCGGCCAGUAGGUCAAAGGUCAACUAGGUCGUCGCCGAGGCCGCAGGGUCAAGGUGCUCCUAAUGGUGAUGGUGAUGGCGAAGGGUCAAGAAGAAAAGAGGAGAAAAGUUGCAGCAUACUAUGAGGAUUCCCAUCGAGUGGCUAGAUCAUCCUACAACUGAAUGACGUGAGGGCCGAACUAGGCACCUUCUCAAAAGUCAGAGCUGCAUCCUUCCCGCAGGAAUCAUGCAAGCAGUUUGUCAUUACAAAUCAUCAUAGACAAAACGAUUGGGACUGCCGAAAAACUGCAAUGAAUAGACACACAGCAUCCCUAUAGCUGCGGGAUCUCUGCUAGAAGACGUGACAGACGUUUGACAAGUUGCUGAAUACAGGGAUGUGAGAACUGAGAUUUUUUAGCUGAUUUCAGAUUUUUUUGUUUUGAUUUUCAACUUACUAUCAGCUUAUUUUUGGCUUUCCUCUGUACAAGAAGUAUGGGAGCUCUUUCUAUUUCAAACUUUUUUCAACACUCUUCAUUUUUUUUUCAGAACUUUUUAAUUGUGACCACUCACACCCCUGUGUAUACAUGAGCAGAGAAUGAAAUAGAAAAAAAAGAGUAUACAUUUCUUCAUCAUCUUAAUUCUCUUUUUGCUGAAGGUGGAGGAUGGUUUGAGUUUAACAUUUUAGCUCUUAAUGGGAGCGUUUCAUCAACAUUUACGUCCGACAAGUUGUCGGGUCUGACAACUUUCCUUUAUAAUGGCUGGUUGAGAGGCACUGCUACAUAGUAACUAUCGGAUAAAACGUCUGACAAGUCCUUUCGCGAAAUGCUCCACGAUACAUUAUGUAAAAAGUUCAAGAAAAAGAAGAGUUAGACUUUCAUCUUUUGAAACACUUUCCAUUUUGAAGUUGACUUUCCUGGGGAGUAUUUCACGAAGCAAACAAUCAGUGAUUUUACACCAGCUGAGUCAAUCUUAGCCAAUCAGAUGCAAGGAUUUUGGUAGCUUAUAACAGUUGUCAUUGAAAAAUCACUGACUGUUUGUUUCAUGAAAAGCUCCCCUGAUGUGGUUUAUUUAUAUUUUGUACAUUACAUGCAAUGUGAUUGUGAUACCUGUGCGGCGUAAUCGACAUGUACAUGUAAAUUGUGUACAGGGACUUUCAUAUUUCUUGUUUUAACGAUAUACCGACAUGUGCAAUUCUUUCUAUUAUCAUUAUAUUUGAAAUAUACAUUCUUACAGUAUGUUCCACUGUGUGUACAUGAGUAGGAAAAUGUUCAUGAUUAUUGUAUUAUUCAAUGAACUAUGUUGUAUAAAUAUAAGUUAAUAUAUCUAGCAAUUACUUGUAUUCCUAUUGUGUCAAUGAGAAAUCACUUUCGUAGUACAGACCUUUUUUUUUCAAACUGAAGAUGGAUGUGGAAUUUGCGGUUUUCAAUUCAAUUUCAUUUCAUUUUCCACAGUGUGGAAGUUUUUUUUGCUCAUAUUGAUGUUGCAUAAAAUUGCAUAGGUAACACAUAAGAACUGUAUGCAGUCAAACAGAAUGACAUGAGACAAUUUUAGCACAUUAAUGCCUCAGAAUAACGAAAUUACCAUACUAACGACAGGCUCAAUGAUUUCACGCUUGAAUCUGUGAUGGGCUUUGCCGAGGUCUAUGACCCUUGGAGUCUAGAAGUAACUAUCAACCAUUUAGACAGCUGAAAUCUGUCUACUUAGAGGAGUUUCUAAACAUUUUUUUCUAUAAAAACCUGCUGGUUUCUCCUGGUACACAGAUGACGAGUCAUCUUCCACAGUGUCAGAGGCCUAUGCCCCAUAGGCUCAAUGUAUUAUUCUCCCAAAAUUUGGGGUUUUGGUUCUAAGGAUUUUCAGAAUCGUUACAAAAUUGCAAAUUGCACAAUAGAUGGUGUUGAAUACUAGAUUCUGAUUAUUUCCAAAACUUAAAUAUAAUCAUAUAUUUCAGUGAAAAUUGUUGUAUUAAUGGUAAAUAUCAAGUGUUACAUCCAUGACACAUGUUUUGGUUUUUUUAAGUAUGAAAAAGAAACAAAAAUUAGCAAUUGUCAAUUCUAGGAGCUUAGCCUUCGGCAGUUGGGCUACAAGCGUCAAAUAAGACUGUCUGCUUAACCUGUUGAAUACUGAAUUGAGUAAUUCCCAUAGACUUUGUACAGGGAUCACCCGGUUCCAGUCGGCAGCGGGUUAAUUGUACGGACCUCUGUUUCAUCUUCUUCAUCCAUCAAAUAUAUUCAUUUGAAACAUAUGUAUAUGAUUCAUUUUGAUGUAACCCACUUUAUAAGGUUAAUACUAAAUAUCAAUGUGUUAUAAUAUAUGUUUGUCUAAAAAGAUAUAUGAUUAUAGAUCACAAAAUUACCAUUACCAGAUAUCUUUGUAUGUAUGAGUUGUAUUUUGUACAUUUCCCUUUUCUACAUGGCUUAUUUUAUUCUUAUUUAUGAUUAUUGUAGGUAUGUAUUCAACUCCACAAGGUCUCAAUUAACAGGAAAUGAUGAGCUAUAAGCAAACAAAAAGUGUAUAUAUCUGAAUGGUUUGAAAAGUUUAAGGUCUGCCUCAUUGUGUGAAUAAAAAGAAUUAUCAGGGGGGCUAUUUUACAAUAAAAGUAAAACUUUACCGACAAAGGGACCUAGAUGCCAAAUUUGAAUUCUAAUGGCUAAAAAAUGCCAGAUUGGUGUUCAUGAUUUCCAGUUUUGUGACAUCCCAAAUUCUACAUAACUCCCGGGACGACACGGGUGUCAUUGAAAGCAGCAAUUUAGUCAUGGAAAAGUCCUGGAAUUCUGUUUUCAAAUUUCUGUGGGAACCUUGUAUUCUGUUUCUGGAUGAGUUUUGACUUGUAUUGAUGUUGAUGUAAGUUUUCUUCACCCCUUUUUUCUCUGUGCUGAGAUACGUUUUGGUAUUUCAAAUACACAGGUCCGAAGUAUAGUGAAAUUAAAAUUAAUAUAUAUAUGCAUAUUACUAUCAUGAUAAAUGUGGUUGUUAUAUACAAUAAAACAACAAAAUCAUUACAGUCAACUGAAUGUGUUUGUACUCUUAUUUUUUUUUCUAUAUCAUUAAUAAUUAUUGUAGCGGCAUAAACCACAAGUGGGCUGAAAGUCAAGACUAUAUAUUUAACCUUCAUUAAUUCAUGUUCUGUUUCCCAAAUAAGGUAAAGUCAUUGCCAGUUGGUCACUGGGUAUGUUUUCUGGCCUAGUAACAAGGUUGUUUAUGAUAAUGUCAAUUCUGGUUGGUCAGCCACACCCUGGUCAGACCAAGGGUGCAGCAUAGUAACAAUAAACCCAUUGGUCAAGACUUAGGCUGAUAUGCAAAUUAGCCUAAGCAUCUCAGAAGGGUGAUAAGCCCUUUGCAUCUUCCACCUCAGAAGGAAGAAAAGUUUCAUUGCAACAAGUUGUGCUGUUAUACAUUCGAUCAAAAGUUACUGAUAUUGUGAAACCAGGAGGUCAAACAAUUGGUAAGUUCUCAUAUCUGAUAUAUAGAAUAUUGUUAUGUUUACUAUAUUAAUAUUAUACAAGUUAUGUCAAGUUUGUACUGUAUAUAUAUAUUUCAAGUUUCAGAGGGAUAAGUUUAUCUUUGUACUGAGUCUCUCACUCUCUCUUUCUCUUUCUCUCUCUCUCUCUCUCUCUACCUCUCAUUCUUUCUUUGCUACGUCAUACCAGAAGUUGUAUAUGAAGUUUAUUGUUGAGAAUAUUUAAGUGGGUAACAAGUAAUAUUUGAGUAUUCAUUUAUGUAUUUUAUAUAUGUUUUACAUCCAUAAUUCUAUAUGUUGCUAAUUAGUUUUUGACACUACACUGGUUAGAAGUAUACUGUAGGGAAGAAUAGGGUAUGUGUAAUCCUCACUGAGAGUAUACAAGCUGUACAGCUAAUAAGCAAACAAAAGUGCUUUGUUGAGUGAUGGUUUCAAUGCCACUGUUACUGAGAGUUAUUAAUGUGUAUAGGCCCAUGGUCAAUGCUAUCCCAAAGGAGAUAGUCUUGUUUAUGGCACAGCUUGAGUAGAGGUGUGUUCAGACGGGUUAUUAGUUAUACAGAAUUAAGUUUAUUCUUUUAGCAUUAGUUAUGAUUAAUUGCUAUUGACUUUCAUGUUAUUAUGUAUAUAUCUAUACCUUCUGUUUUUUACUAGUUUUAUUAUAACAAUUAGAUGAAUACCGACAUGGUUAUAAGAUGAUAAUAAUCUCUUUAUCCAUCAGAAUAUUAUGAUCAUUCUUUCAUGUAAAUUUCUCUAUGUUGACGACAUACUAAUUUGCAAUUACACUUUCAUUUUUAUUGCAGCGAACCACCAAUUGCUCGCUCACUCACGUUUGUCAAUCACUUCAAGUUAUUUAUCGUUCUGUUCUACUUCGCCAUUUCUUAUGUAUCAUCGAUCAUUUUAUUUUCGCGUUGUGUGAACACGCCGUUAUUUCGUCCGCCAAGUUUACUGUUAUUAUUAAAUGGAUGUCUUAACCUA